AUGGAAAAAUACAGCCAAUUUCGCGAUAAAGGCACUGCAAUUGCGCCUUUCCUCCCCGUACCACCCCCGCCGGUCGGCAUCCUCUGGCGUCCGAUAUACCUCUUCCUCUUCUGUGUCCGCACACCUUUCGUCAUUGCCUUCUCGCUUUUGUACUUCUUUGGCCUUGAGUUCAUACCGGUGGGCAGAAGGCUCAAAUAUGUGGUACUGUGGUUGAUGCUAGGAAUUCCGGGAGUGUGGUGGGUGGACUUGCAGGUUGAUGGGGUCAAGAGAGGACAACUAAACUCAGCCAAAAACCAUCUGCCUAAGGCUGGCACCAUUGUCGCUUCAUCCUUUACUUCGCCUCUCGACCCGCUCUACCUUGCGGGCAUCUUCCAGCCAAUCUUCACAAAGUCCUAUCCGCACCUUUGCAAGGUCGAGCGCAUAACUCUUUUCCGCGCCAUCUUGCUCGCCUUCUCGCCACCUUCCUUGACUCCACAAGAUCCGUCCAAGCUCGUCACGCUCAAACAACUCAUUAGCGAAAACCCCGACAGGAUCAUAUGCGUCUUCCCAGAAACUACUACAACAAACGGAAGGGGCAUUCUACCGUUGUGCCCUAGUCUGCUAAGCGCCGAUGGUAAGACCAAAAUCUACCCUGUCAACCUCAGGUACACACCGCAGGAUGUGACCACCCCUGUCCCUGGUGGUUAUUUCUCUUGGUUCUGGCGUCUUCUCAGCAAGCCAUCGCAUCAAAUGCGUGUCCGUAUUGCUUCGCGUGUGUACAAUACCUCAAAUCAAGAUUCUCCGGCAAAAGCGACAUCAGAUUUGCACAAGAACAAGGCAACGACUAGUGGCUAUGACGCAAACAUUUUCGAACAACCCGAUUUCAAAGAUGGAUUCAUUGGAACAAACGGCGGGGCUGGAGACGGUAUGGAUGUUGAUGCUGGCGGUGCCGAUGACGGCCAUGAAGUCAGUCCUGAAGAACAAAAGGUGCUCGAGCGGGUUGCCGAGGAUCUUGCGCGCUUGGGUAGAGUAAAGAGGGUGGGUCUAAGUGUUGAAAAGAAGAUUGAGUUUCUGAAGGUGUGGGGUAGCCGAAGGAGAUGA